GGAAUCAAUCACGCAGCUGAUCCAUCAGCAAAGUCUGACAGAACAACGACAACAUCAAAAAUGAAAAAGUACAAAACUUGGCUACCAGCUUACUGGAUCUGCUACUGAAGAGAAAAACACAUGGACAGCAAAGGAUAUUAAUCACUUAGUAUUUGAAGCUGAAGUGUCCUGAAGUUGCAGGAAAAUGGAGGAAACCAACAACAGCUCUGAAAAGGGAUUUCUUCUCCUGGGAUUUUCAGAUCAGCCUCAGCUAGAGAGGUUUCUUUUUGCCAUCAUUUUGUACUUCUACAUCUUGAGCCUUCUGGGGAACACUGCCAUCAUACUAGUAUGUUGUCUGGACUCCAGACUCCACACUCCAAUGUACUUCUUCCUCAGCAACCUCUCGUGUGUGGACAUCUGCUUUACCACCAGUGUUGCCCCACAGUUGCUGGUUACCAUGAAUAAGAAAGACAAAACCAUGAGCUACGGUGGCUGUGUGGCCCAGCUCUACGUGGCCAUGGGGUUGGGCUCAUCUGAGUGUAUUCUCUUGGCCGUCAUGGCUUAUGACCGCUAUGCUGCUGUCUGCCGGCCACUGCACUACAUAGCCAUUAUGCACCCCAGGCUCUGUGCGUCUCUGGCCAGUGGAGCAUGGCUCAGCGGCCUCAUCACCUCCCUAACUCAGUGCUCCCUCACUGUGCAGCUGCCCCUCUGUGGUCAUCGCAUACUGGAUCAUAUUUUCUGUGAGGUGCCAGUGCUCAUCAAACUGGCCUGUGUGGAUACGACUUUCAACGAGGCAGAACUCUUUGUGGCCAGUGUAGUCUUUCUAAUUGUCCCGGUGUUACUCAUCUUAGUCUCCUAUGGCUUUAUCACCCAAGCUGUGUUAAGGAUAAAAUCAGCUGUGGGCCGCCAAAAGGCCUUUGGGACCUGUUCCUCUCACCUGGUUGUGGUCAUCAUUUUCUAUGGGACCAUCAUAUUCAUGUACCUUCAACCGGCCAAUAGUAGAUCCAAAAACCAGGGAAAGUUUGUUUCUCUUUUCUAUACCAUAGUCACCCUACUUUUAAACCCCAUUAUCUACACUCUGAGAAACAAAGAUGUGAAAGGGGCCUUGAGGACCCUGAUACUGGGAAAUGCUGCUGGACAAAGCCACAGGGACUAGGAAACACUGGAAUUCUAAAGAAGUGAAGCACGUCAAGGCAGAGUGAGGGUUCAUCCUCCCCAGACAUUCCUCUUGUCAAUCCCAAGCCACAGGGACUAGGAAACACUGGAAUUCUAAAGAGAAACACGCAAGGCAGCGUGAGGGUUCAUACUCCCCAAACAUUCCUCUUGUCAAUCCCAAGACCACAGGGACUAGGAAACACCUGGAAUUCUAAAGAAGGGACACACGCCAAGGCAGCAUGAGGGGUUCAUCCUCCCUAGACAUUCCUCUUGUCAAUCACAAAGCCACAGGGACUACGAAACACUGGAAUUCUGAAGAAGCGAAGCACAUCAAGGCCGCAUGAGGGUUCAUCCUCCCCAGACAUUCCUCUUGUCAGUCCCAAGACCCUAUGUUCUAUCUGGAAAAAAUUGUUUGUCCUUUGUCCACCUGCCAUCAAGGUUCAGGUAUCCAUGAUUUCUAUCUAAUGUGCCAGCCUAUCUGAUAAACUUCUACUAAUGCUUCAAAGCUCAGCUGAAAUGUCACCUACACUCGCUAGCUGUCCUGAAACACCAUCCUUCUCAUCCUUGUGCAGAAUUAACCGUUGCAUAAUGUUUCCAUAGCAGUUGAGCCACACUACCAUUUCUACAUUUCACAUUUAUAUAUAGCUUCUGUGCAUCUACAUGUGUGUGAAAAUAUAUAUAUAUGACUAGGCAAAGCAAUGUAUAUAACAGACAAAAAAUAUUUUACCAGAAUGUCAUUUUUAACUAGAGAAUGGAACCAUCCCACUCUAUUGGCUUACUUACAACAUGAGAGACACAAAUAUAAUUCAGAGUUGGGACACCUUGGUUCCACAGAAUUGUGGGAUGCAAGUAAUGACUGUCAUAUUUUAUUAAAGGAAUAAAAUAAGUAAACUUGCAUUAAGGAGGUUGAUUCAUAUAUGAAGUUAAUUCCCUUUUUUAUUGAAGUGUUUAAAAGUUGAAAGUGCCCAGAGUGUGAUGUUCCCCUUCCUGUGUCCAUGUGUUCUCAUUGUUCAAUUCCCACCUAUGAGUGAGAAUAUG